ACAUAUUAGUUGGUUGGUCAAAUAGUGUCAGAGACCCAUCUACAUCCUUGAUUCCUUGGAACUUCCUCCUCUCUCACAUCUAUCAAAAACAUUUAUUUUCCAUCUGAAACAAAUCUAAAGCAACUUCCUUUUCUUUUUUGCUGGAUAAUCUUUGGGGGCAUUUAGAGGGAUAAUAGCAAAUACCAGUUUGAAAAAAGUAUUGGUCUUGUUGGAUUUUUUGGGGUCAACUGUAUAGCAAAAGAAAGGAGUCAGAUCAGAGCUUCCAUAGAUUUUACUAACAAAUUUAGCAAAUAAACCAUUUGAGGAAACAUGGGUUUCAUUUAGAUUUGAAAGGUUUGUACUUUUCAAAGUUCUUCAAGCAAAAAAAUCAGCACCCAGUUCAGAGAUUUCAAGAGUUUCUUCCAAUCAAAUUCUGGAUCCCCAUUUCAGGAAACAUUGAUCUGUGAAAAGGGUAGUUGUUGCUUUCAAUAUAUCCAGCUCAGAAAUUCAAAAACAAAUCUGUGGAAUUUUCAUCAAGUUUGAGAAGCCCAGUUCAGGAAACUCGGAUUUCUGAGCUGGGUAGUUGUUGGUUUCUGGAAAAAAUUUCCCAAGAAAGUGAUGGUGGAGGACGAGAAACUUCCAAUUAAUGGCGAAGAUGUGGAGGAAAAUGAACCCAAAGGAGGAGGGAUCCGUGGUUGUUUCUGGGCUCCAAUCUAUUGGUUCAAAAUGCUUGCCAUGGAAAUGCAUUGGACUUUUGUUUUCGGAGUUGUGGUUGUUUAUGGAAUAAGUCAGGGAUUGGGUGGAGCUAUGAUUCGGGUCGCCAUGGAGUAUUACAUGAAGGAUGUGCAGAAGGUACAGCCUUCUGAAGCUCAGGUUUACUCAGGAAUAAUCAAUAUUCCAUGGAUCAUCAAGCCUAUUUGGGGCCUCCUCACUGAUGUUGUUCCUGUUUUCGGGCAUCGGAGGAGACCUUACUUCAUUUUAGCAGGUGUUCUUGGUGUGAUUUCCAUGCUCUUUAUAUCAAUGCAUGAGAAGCUGCAUAUCGUAUUAGCGCUGUUGUCUUUAACAGCAGGAAGUGCUGGGGUUGCAAUUGCAGAUGUCACCAUUGAUGCAUGUGUGGCACAGAACAGUGGUACUCAUCCUUCUCUCGCCGCUGACAUGCAAAGCUUAUGUGCUUUGAGUUCCUCUAUCGGAGCACUAGUGGGGUUCUUUUUAAGUGGCAUAUUUGUUCACUUAAUUGGCCCAAAGGGGGUGUUUGGCUUGCUGAUAAUCCCAUUUGGAUUAGUACUUCUAGUUGGAACUGUGCUCAAGGAACCCCACACACCAAACUACGGUUACAAACAGGUAAACCAGAAGUUUCUUGAUGCUGCUAAGGCUAUGUGGACAACAUUGAAAUGCCCAAAUGUGUGGAGGCCAUGUGUAUAUAUGUACUCAUCGAUUGCAUUGAGUUUGAAUAUCUACGAAGGGAUGUUCUAUUGGUACACGGACUCAAAAGCUGGCCCAUCUUUCGCUCAGGAGACUGUUGGUUACAUUCUAUCAAUCGGUUCAGUUGGCUCACUCUUGGGGGCAAUCCUAUAUCAGUAUGGUCUAAAAGACCAUCCUUUUAGGGAUCUGCUCUUCUGGACUCAGCUGCUAUUUGGCAUAUCAGGAAUGCUGGAUUUGAUGCUCGUGCUACGCUUAAACUUGAAAUUUGGCAUACCUGAUUACUUCUUUGUGGUUAUUGACGAAAGUGUUUAUCAAAUGAUUGGAAGGCUUAAAUGGAUGCCACUUCUUGUCCUCAGUGCCAAGCUUUGUCCUCCAGGCAUUGAAGGCACUUUCUUUGCCUUGCUUAUGUCAAUCGAUAACUUUGGCCUUCUCUCAUCUUCAUGGGGAGGAGGCUUUCUACUCCAUAUCUUGAAGGUUACCCGAACACAAUUUGAUAAACUUUGGCUGGCCAUUUUGGUCCGGAACAUCUUGAGAAUUGCUCCUCUUUGUCUGCUAUUUCUGGUGCCCAGAAGUGAUCCCAGCUCUUCGAUUCUUCCAGCUGAUAUACCGGGUGUAAAAGAAGGUACUGCAACUCCAGAAACUGAGGAUGUCGAACUUGUGUCCCUUGUUAGCAAUGGUGAUGGAAGGUAGCCUUGGGAAACAUCAUUUUCAAAUUAAUUUGAGUACUCAACAUCUACGGCAAAUAUAAAUUUAGAAGAUAACCGAGCCAAUAUUGAAUUUGAGAGGCAAAUCUGGAAAUUGUGCUGGAAAGGUUCUAUAGUCGUUCAUUGUCUCUUUACAUUUGUUACUUAAGAGUUUGCAUCUUUUUUUUUGGUAUUAUUUUAAAAAAUUCAUUUUGCUGUUCUUGUACACUGUUGAGUUCAUGUAAAGGAGAAUAACAUAAUAGAAGAAGAUGCUGUGAUAAACUAUAUUUUCUGUACUUAA